AUGGUGGUGGUCUGGAGGAAGAGUGUUGUCUGCGGUGCUCAAGGAUCCCAAGCUCUGUUCCUCCAAACUCCCGUGAUCAGACCUGCUCUUGCCUCACCAUUUCUCCAGGACCGGUCUACUCCAGGAGUGCAGCACAUUCACCUGUCCCCCAGCCACUGUUCUGGUUCCAAGGCUGCAUCUAUCCAUUGGACUGGUGAGAGAGUUGUCGGUGUUUUGCUUCUGGGCCUACUCCCAGCUGCCUAUUUGAAUCCUUGCUCUGCGAUGGACUACUUUCUAGCUGCAGUUCUCACUCUCCAUGGUCACCGGGGCCUGAGACAGGUUGUUACUGACUAUGUCCUUGAGGAUGCACCACAGAAAGCUGCUAAGGCUGGCCUCCUGGCACUCUCGGCUUUAACCUUUGCUGGUCUGUGCUAUUUCAACUAUCAUGACGUAGGCAUCUGCAAAGCUGGCGCCAUGCUGUGGAAGCUCUGA